AGAAAAAUAAGUCUCGAUUUUGUUCCACGUAUAAGAUAAACUAUUUAAAAAUUCUAAUAGUUAUUCGUGACAUAUUCAAACUAUAUAUAUUAAAAAUAAAUUUAAUCUGUUUCCUCCACGAAUUGAGCUCAAAACCUUACGAGCUACACAUUUAACAGUGAUAUUAUUACACGGGGAUCCAUGUACUGUAGUACUGUAGUAGUACUCUUACUUCCUCUACUACGCAGUAUUUGCAUGAUAUAUUGCACUGCCUUUGUCCUCAGUGGGUGUCGUUGCACUUAAAUUUCUCGAUACGAGCUGAGGGCCCAGAUUUCCCUUGAACCUUAUGCCACCCAAGAGAGAGGCGGGGGCGACCCCAUCUCCGACGCCGCCGCCAAAGAUGCUAAAGCUCAACACGGUCCCACCGGAGGAUGGUCCAAUGGAGGAGUUGCCCGAGUCCACUUACUCUCCUUUUUUCCACACCGAGGAAUUUGAGGAAAUUAAUGACGAAGGGAGUCAAGGCAUCCGAACGGACACCAUCAGCCUGCUGAUGAAGAUAGAAGAGCUGCAGGCCCAACUCAAAUAUGAACGGCGAUGUCGAAUUUUGGCUGAGAGAGAAUUGAGGGAGAUGAAAGAGAUGAACACCCUCAUGGCGGAGAUGCGACACACGGCUCAUCAGCUCCGAGCCACGCUGGACCACGUUCUUCAAGGCGGCGACGCGACGAUGGUGCCGCACAACUCCCAAGACGAAGACAUCGCUUUCCUGCCGGGGCCCGAGGCCCAAACGGAAGCAGUAGGCGACAAGCCAGAGGAUACCAACAACUACAUGUACCUCGCUGAAGACCUCCGCGUUCCAAGAAAUCUUUACGAGCAUGUGGGCGAAAUCUCCGACUACAAGAAAUACACCGCCGCGCUGCUUAUGAUGCUUUUUGACAGAGAGACGCUAGCCACGCACUCGCUGCAGGGCCGCAGGAACACUGUGACUGGGGAGGACUGCUCCAAGCCCCAGCUCCCACCUGAGAUCCUCAGGAGCAUCAUCAAUCACGUGCGGGUCAAGUUUGGCGUGGACAGCAGCCAGAUCAGGACGGCCAUCCGGACCAAGUUGAACAAUGAGGACAAAUUGCUCAAGAAGAGAAUGGGCAUGGUCAAAGUGGAACCCAAACCCAACAAUGUGUCGAUAUGAUCGAUUCCACUCGAGGCUGCGUUUUGGCCUUCUUGUCUGCUCGCGUGUGUGCUGUACUGUAACCUUGUGACAGGUCACCUCUCCUAAUCUACAUCAUUCUGUGUGGUGCUUGAAGUAGGUUAUUUUUAUAGUAAUCACUUUUUUUUUUAUACAUGGGACGGCGCUCAUUUAGACAGUAUUACAUAUCCUGUAGAGCAUAGGUGUCAAACUCAAGGCCCGGGGGCCAGAUACGGCCCACCACAUCAUUUUAUGUGGCCUGCAAAGACAGAUUUUGCAUCGACUUUGUGUCACUACUAAAAUUACAAUGUCUUAACUUUUAAAUAAUAGAGGCAUUGCUAGCAAUUUGUAUUACCGUUCAUCCUUUUAGAAUAUUUGAACAAUUUUUACUAGUCUCUGGGUUCAAAACUAGUUAUUCAUGGGUUUGUUGUGUAGCCUCUACUGUAUGUAUAUAGAAGACGUUGACACUCAUAAUGGCACUCCGAGGGAAACUAUGACUAUGAUGCGGCCCGUGACAAAAAAGAGUUUGACACCAUGGCUGUAGAGAAAAUGUUCAGCGCUUUUAAAGCUCACAUAUGAUACAAAGUGGGUAGAGACUAGAAAGUUGUUACGGUAGAGUUGUAGGUUUGCUUUGGCGUCUGUGUCAAAAAUCUAUUUGUUGGCCAACAAGAACACUAUUGACGUUAAUGGAUGUCCAGCCCAAGAGGGGUCAGAUAUUUUUUUGUUUUUUCUGUUCAAUAAGCACUUUUGGUCGCCCAUUUCUAAGCACACUUUCUCACUACUUGUUAAUUGUUUAGAUUCACACUGUUUAACUCAUUGGACUUAACAUUAGCUUGUACAAGGUACUGAUUAUGUACAAAAAUACAAAACAAUACUUUCUUUAUUUAUAUAACACAUUCACAAUUCAUAGUAGAAGAGCUAUAUUCAAAAACCUUCCUUUUUUUGUAUUACAC